AUCACAUCCAGCGAUCAGCGUUCAUUGAAACCGAAAGUGGAAGUUUUUAGGGUAUUCCGCUGCGUAGGUUUCUCGUCUUCAAAGAUCUGCUGGAAAAGAGCGAAAAGUCUUCGAUCAAAUUGCUGCAAAUGAUGGUUCUCCUGAUAAGACCUUAAGAUGAAAGCGAUUCAGAACAUUGUAUUAUUGCUCCUUGUGAUUCUGGCCUCCGUGUAUGGUUUUGGGUGUGAGCCCUGGAUUCAAAUGAAGGCAAAUAAAAUCAAUGAAAUCCAGCUUGUGUGUAAAUCCACAGGAUGGUUCCCUGUACCAGAGAUAUACUGGGUUAGAGAGGAUGAAGAUAAUUUAAUACAAGCUGAAACAAGGUCACAUCCGGACUCUACAGGUCUUGUUGACAUCCAAAGCAACAUUGUUAUAACAAGACAAUCAUCAAACAGAUUCACGUGUCUUGUACGAAAUGUGCAUCUCAAAACAGAACAAGCAGUAACUAUCAGGAUAUCAGGUGAUAUCUUCCCUGCCGUUCCUGUUUGGCUGGCACCAUUGCUUGUGACCAUUUGUCUUCUGAUUGUAGGCAUUUCUGCUUUGAUUUAUUGGAAUAUGAAACAACAUUCACACAUCAAAGAAUUAGAACUUCGGAAAUUUAUCGUAGAACACGAGUGGAAGAGAAUUUUUGAAGGUAAGAUUUUAUUUUGAUAACACAGAAUGAAAAAGAAUUAAUCCAAACAAA